CUGCACCGUAAAGUGUAAUGUACAUUUAUGGUGCUCUACAGAUGAAAUGAAAUGCUGCUGGAUUAAUCACGAAAAGCUGAGGAGAUGCAGAUGCCCCGCUGUAAAAUGCCACGCAGGCAACGACUGACAGGCAACAGGAUCUGAGGUUUCCCCUGGAUCACUAGUCAGACGUGUUCCAGGGAGCGGGGACUGCUGGCUCACUAAGGUAAGAGGCCCUGGGGGGGCAAGCACAAUAAAGAAGACAAACAAACUUUUAAAGAUGAACAAGAUCCGGAAGCUUUUCCGAGGUAGUGGGAGAGCUCUCGCAUUUAUAUUUGUUGCCUCUGUCAUUUGGUUGAUCUUUGACAUGGCAGCACUCAAGCUUUCAUUCAGUGAGAUCAACACCAAGGUUCUGAAAGAUGAGAUGAUCAGGAGGGAAAGGGAAAGAUUCAAAGUUUGGCGAAACUUAGAAAAGACCCCUGAAAGCUCCAGAAGGGAACCAAAACCUCCCCCGAAAGGCUUUGAAAGGGGGAGAUUUAGUAAAGAGAAAUAUAGAAAUAUAGAAGAGAAAGUGGUAGAGGCUGAAAAUGAAAUUGACAAACAGAAUGAAAAGAGAACAGCAAAACCAACAGAAAAGAGAAGCAUGGCCUAUAAGAAAAUGAUUGUGCCACUUGGGACAUUCUCAGUGAAACUGCUGAGCCCCUAUCCCUCUGUUCCCAUGGAAAAGAAAGAGAGAAAAAAGCAUGUAAAGACUGUAAACUCCACUGACCUGCUGAGAACAAAGCAAACUGUUCCCAAAAGGCUUCAGCAGACCCCAUUAGCUGCAGCAACAGGGAGAUCAGUUGUCAAAUUACCACACAGCACAGCUACUGUAAGAAACAAAGUUGCACAGAAAGAGAACCAACCUGUAACUAAGGGCAUUGAGGGAAAUUUAAAAAUUGGGAUUACAGAGAAAAUCUCUUUGGCUGGAUUAAAACAGGAAUUGCAAACAGAGGCAAACCCCAAGGAACCUCAGAACAAACCCCCAGUACCAGAUUUGCCAAUUCCUAGGCAAAUCGUCUCUGUAAAGCAAAACAGGAUCGGGAUGAAAGCAAUAGAUGGCACCGAACACAAAACAAACAGGAGUUUGGAUGUACCUGUCAGCAAGCUGGCUGCUGCAAACAGUGCCGAGAAAAAGGGAUUGUCCACAAAGCCAACAGGACUGGGAAAGAUGCCAAAGGAAGACGAAACAAAAGCUGCUCAUGAAAAGAAACUAACUUUCUCUGAAAAUCAGUUUGUCAUUAUUAGUAAAGAAGGGAUAAAAAUCAACAUCCCAGCAACCCAGAAUCUGGUAGCUGAUUCUAACGGAAAUUUUACAAUAAGAUUGAACAUGAGAAAAGAACAGCAAUUGAUUAGCAACAAAAGUGAGGAUGCCCCUAACAUGAACUCUGUAACCAAGACUGCUGAGCUUAAUGGUCUAACUAAGAAAGCAAUUUUGACAGAUGGUCCAGAGCUAACAAAAGUUCACGUCAGGUUAGAUGAUAAGGAGCAAUUAAGGAAAAGAAAUCGAAGCAGCUAUACGGUCCACUUUACAAGGGACACUGGAAUGCACAAAGUCUUAACAAUUGAUGUAACACUUUCCCCAAGAGAUCCCAAAGCUCCCGGUCAGUUUGGGCAUCCUGCUGCAGUCCCUGAUGAUAAGCAAGAAGAGGCAAAAAGUAGAUGGAAGGAAGGAAACUUCAAUGUCUAUCUGAGUGAUUUGAUCCCUGUAGACCGAGCCAUUGAUGACACAAGGCCUGCUGGGUGUUCAGAACAACUGGUUCACAAUGACCUUCCAACUACCACGAUUAUCAUAUGUUUUGUGGAUGAAGUGUGGUCCACUCUUCUACGCUCCGUUCACAGUGUCCUCAAUCGAUCUCCUCCUCACCUGAUUAAAGAGAUUAUUCUGGUGGAUGACUUCAGCACAAAAGAAUACCUCAAGGAUAGCUUGGACAAAUAUAUGUCACAGUUUCCAAAGGUUCGGCUCCUUCACCUCAAAGAAAGACACGGUUUAAUACGAGCCAGACUAGCAGGGGCAGAGAUUGCUAAAGGUGAUGUAUUGACAUUCUUAGAUUCUCAUGUGGAAUGUAAUGUAGGAUGGUUGGAACCACUUCUGGAAAGAGUCCGUUUAAACAGAAAGAAAGUAGCGUGCCCAGUUAUUGAAGUAAUCAGUGACAAGGACAUGAGUUACAUGACAGUGGAUAACUUUCAGCGUGGGAUUUUUACCUGGCCAAUGAAUUUUGGAUGGAGGCAGAUUCCUCCAGAGGUCAUUGAGAAAGAUAAAAUCAAGGAAACAGAUAUAAUAAGGUGUCCCGUAAUGGCAGGUGGAUUAUUUUCUAUUGAUAAGAAGUAUUUUUUUGAACUUGGAACGUAUGAUCCUGGUCUGGAUGUUUGGGGAGGUGAAAAUAUGGAACUUUCGUUCAAGGUCUGGAUGUGUGGAGGAGAAAUUGAGAUCAUCCCAUGCUCCAGAGUUGGACAUAUUUUCAGGAAUGACAACCCGUACUCCUUCCCUAAAGACCGGAUAAAAACAGUGGAGCGGAAUUUGGCACGUGUUGCCGAGGUCUGGUUAGAUGAGUACAAAGAAUUGUUCUAUGGACAUGGUUACCACUUAAUCCAGAAAAACCUGGAUGUUGGAGACUUGACUCAACAAAUAGAACUGCGGAAGAAGCUUAAGUGCAAAAACUUCAAGUGGUAUCUGGAGAACAUCUACCCAGACCUGGAAGCUCCUCUUGUUAAAGCCAGUGGGCUGAUUGUUAAUAUAGCUAUGGCUAGAUGCAUUACUGUGGAAAACUCCACUCUGGUCUUUGAGACUUGUAACAUUAGCAACAAGAACCAGAAGUUCAACUACACUUGGCUGAGACUAAUAAAACAUGGGGACUUCUGCGUAGCACCAGGAGAUGCAAAGAGAACACUGGGCCUGUACCCUUGCGAUAACAGAAACAAUAGCCUGAAAUGGUUGCAUAAAUCAUUGGUGGCCUUUCAACCAGAACUGAUGGAUCACAUGGUUUUAGAACACCUUCAGCAGCCAACAUGUUUGGAAGUGGAUCAGUCUCACAAAAUCCUGAGGGUUAAUGCCUGUGAUGCCUCAAAUCCUUAUCAGAAAUGGCAGUUUGGCAAUUAUUAUGCUGACUGAAGAGAACACGAUCAAAACAGAAGCAGAGAAUUCAAAUCGUGUGAAUUCAAGAAUGACAUCUGUGAGACUUGUGACAGCAAUUACAAAAUUGGAGGUUCAUUUCCUAAUGGUAAUUUAAAUCCAUCAUUUUAAAUCACCAUAUUGAGAGAUCAAAAUAUCAAGCAACAGCACAUCUGGUUUGAUAUGGUUUAAAACAUUCAGGCAUAUUUUCCACUCACUGUGGAGCACUUGGGGAAGGUUGAAUGAAAGUUUUUUCAGUAAGUGGAAAUACUUUCUAAAGUUCCUCAUUCCCACCUUAAGCAGAUCUUCACUGACUGGCUUCAGAGAGAUUAAAGCCAGUCAGUGAAGGUUUAAGGGGGGAGGGAUAGCUCAGUGGUUUGAGCAUUGGCCUGCUAAACCCAGGGUUGUGAGUUCAAUCCUUGAGGGGGCCACUUAGGGAUCUGGGGCAAAAUCAGUACUUGGUCCUGCUAGUGAAGGCAGGGGGCUGGACUCAAUGACCUUUCAAGGUCCCUUCCAGUUCUAGGAGAUGGGAUAUCUCCAUUAAUUUUUUUAAUGCAAGCUACCAGAAAUAGUUCCAGGGUUCAAUCCCUAUGACUGCACAUAGCAUCUUGUGCUGCUGUUUGGAAGAUCCACAUUUGCUCAUUUAUCCCUCCACAAGCCAACAAAAUGAAAGUACCUAGGCCCAGUACCUAAAAAUCCAUCCAGGAUCACAGGAAUCUGCUCCUACCAAAUUGGAUUCACUGAUUCUGAAAGGUAGGUGCCUGGAGCCACUUUUGAAGCUUGGUUUCCCAUGACAAAAGCCCGUCUUUAAUCACAAAAAAUAUAAAUCUUUCAGCACUUCUAACCUAGCAGCAGGCAAGGCCCUACAAGUGCUGUAUUUGCAUACAGGCAUCGUGAAUUUGCUACCUUGGUUUGACCUCCUGCUUCCUAGAUGGGCAAGGAGUGGUUAGGCUGCAAAGCAGUGGGAUGUGCCUUAUCUAGCACUACAGCUAACCCUCUGGGCCAGUGCAAGAACAGUAUGAAUGCAGGAGACUUUAAAGAGACUCUCCAUUCAGCCCUUCUCAGCCGGAAAGAAGUGCCUCAGCACAGAGCCAUGAAAAGGGAAAAUAAACCAAAGGGUGUGGGAACCGUGUUGUGAUGGGGGUGAAGAUCCUCAGAAAGGGCCUGCUUAACCUGAAAAAAAGAGACCUGCAGGGACUUGCUUCUCACUACUAGUGAAUCCAAGAUGGCAGCCACACACUGUUGGGCAUGAUUUCAUGGUUCCUGGGUUGGCCACAUGUUAUGCGAUAGUACUGUAUACGCAUUCAAUGCAAAGCAAACCAGAAAAGCUUAAAUAAUGUUAAACUUUUAAAACAAGGGGACAAAAGCUGAGAAACUCUGAGUCUAUGUUAAUUGCCUGUUCCUUUCUCAUGCCACUAUGGGAAAAAUGGAAUCUUUGUUUUUCUUAGAAUAGAAAAUGAUCUGUCAUGGAAGCUUUGAAUGUUUUUGUACCUAAGAUAUUUCCUUCUGCUCUUCCAGAUGAAUGAGAAGAUGGGCAGUUGUUAAAAGUAUGUAAUAGCAGAUUAGGCUUUUGCUGAAUACAUUCCUGUCUGUUGACUAUAGACAUCCAUAUAUUUUUUUAAAUCCAUUUGAUUGGCUGAACUGUAGCUGGUCUGUGAUGCAAACACAUAGCUAGGGCACUUCGGCACUUCACUGGAGGAGCCGUGCACUGGUGGGAGCAGAGUGGCGGUGGCAGCUGUGUACCAGGUAGAAGCGCAGGACAAGGAUGUCUUAGGGUGGGCAGAACGCAGCAUGUGCACUAGCUGACUGCAGAGGGGAGACGUCUCCUCACUGACUUUGCCCACUUGAAGCCCCAGCAUUUCGGAUGGCAUAAUAGCUGGUGCUAUCUCCUUCUGCUCCCCUCAGCACUAAAUAUUUCCUACCUUGCUACUAGUAGGGAGAGAGGAUGGAAGUGACUCCCUGUGUCUGCUUAUGCCCCAGUGCAACCAUAUAGCAGAGGGCAGAAGCUAGCCUUGGUAUUGUAUCGAUUAAUGAUAAAGAGCAUGUGAUGUUACACUUCGACGGGCAAAGCAGUUGUGAUAAGAAUUGGCUAAAACGUUUGCUUUCUACAAACCAAGCUUUAACCUUUUGGAAAGUGUAGGAUUGGUUUACUAAAAGAGCACCCCCAGCAGGGCUUUGGAGCCCCUCUCAUAGCCUCACCAUCCAACUCCUUUAUGAUGGAUCUCUUUGCCUGGCCUACGCUAGCACCUAUCCACAGUCCUUCAACUCCCCUCUUAUCCUCUUAUGACUACCCAUUACCUCCUUCAAAUGACCACCGGCUAUGCUGACCAGUUCAAUAGGCAUGGCAGGGUCAUGAGCCUUUGGACUGGCUAAUACCACUAGCAGCAAUAGCUCCUUGCAGGCCCUGUGCCCAGCUGAACACAUGGACUCGUACCCUCCUGAGUCCCUUGUACACUCCCCCAGAGCCAGAGCACAGUCGAGCCUUAUAUUUAUUAUUUUGCUUUGCAGUCUCUUCACUGGAAUGCAACCCAAAGGGAACACUGAUAAAAGUUGCUCCCAGAGAAAGAGUAUAAUGGUGGCUCUUUGCUCUGAUCUGCCCUCUUUGUGUGUAUAGAACCGCCAGACUUGAUUUAGAAUAUUCAUAGGAGGGGGAGACGGCGAGUAGGAGCUCCACAUGUCCAGGAACAGGAGUUAUUCUGUGCAUGAGGCUAGGGUAUCAGCUCUGAGUGAAGAUCCACCCUGCAGAAUUGAAGGCAAAAUUGUCCUCUAAGACUAUGUGUCCCAUAUUUCCAUUUCAGACUUUCCAGAUAAGUUUUAAGCCUAUGAACAUAGAAGCUGAGGACACGUAAGUGCUGACCCUUCUCUCAUGAAGAGUUGAUUUGGAAGAUGGGUUUCCACGUUUACUCUCUUAGAUCAAAGUGCUACAAUUGUUAAGUCAGUGGGACAUAUAGGGCUAGAUUCUCCCCUGCAUCUGAACUCCACCCAACACAGAGGAAUUGGGGGAGCUGUUAGGGAGCAAGUUAGAGCCCCUGAAUCUGGCCUGAUCCUAGCCAGUCUGCAAUGGCUCAGCUCAGGGGCAGGUCUGAUUUACAUCUCUGACCUAGGAUCCCUAGGGGACCCUACACCAGUGGAGGAUUUGUUCAGUGCAGCAGACUUCUGCUAGCCUCCUUAUCCACCCCAAAUACUCCCUUGUGCCAUGGGUGGGAGGCUGAUGCAGGAGCCGGCUCUGCCAGCUUUAUUGCAGCAGAGAGUUUCCUUACACCAGGGGAAUUCUUCACUGGCUGUUUGCAGCCAGAAUCUAGCCCAUAAUAUUCAAAUCCCCAUUAAAGUAACUAAGAGUUUUGUCUGAAAAAGGGCUGCAGAAUUUAGUGCUUCCUGUUCUUGACCUUAUUCAUGUAUCUCACAUGGAAGAUAGAAUUAGAUGUAGUGCAGUAAAAAUGAGAACUCACCUUUACUCUUACAGUUAUUUGGAAUCAAUACACUCAGUUGACAAAACUCAACAUACUGAAUACCCCUAUGAAUUCAUCCUCAUGUACAUUUUUCAUACUGUGAAACUUUUUAAAAGAUCUUUUAUGUCUGUUGUAUGGGAAGGGGGGAAUCGUACUGGAAUAACUGUCAUUUAGGGAAAGAACAUUUAGUUACUUUUUUGAUAGGGUCAAAUUCAGCUGCGACAUGAUAUCUACAUCCAGGGUAUCGUAAUGUUUUGCACAUGGGACUUUCUUCUCAAGCUUUUUAUUAUGCCUUUUCCAUAUUUUUGUUAUGUUUUGUGACAAACUGGAGACUCGUGUAAGUGUGAAUGGUCCAUAAUAGAAAUGUAAUUCUUGUAUGUUGAAAAAUUGGUUUAUCCAAAUACGAGCACAUUGCCUUAUUUCUCUACAUACAUAGGACUGAACUUUCAACUCAGUUCGUAUCUUGUUGUUCAUGACAGCCAAGCCUUCGCCAUCUCUAAUGUUUACAGGCGGUUACACAAUAACUCGUCUUUUCUCUUUGAUUUUUCAAAAGGGCCUCUGUAUAAUUUUACCUUUCACAUCAAGGUGCAACACUGACAGUAUUUGACAGGCUGAGCCUGCCAAAAUAUUGAUUUGCCUAACAGACUUUCACAGUUGGCUUCUAUCCUAACUGUCUUCCUGAUUUUUUCCCCUUUCGUAAUACAACUAGCCUGCAGUCACUAUCAGAAAAAUUACACAGAUGUUGUUUGUGCAGUCAUGUUUUAUCAGGAGCAUGAAUUUCAUUAAAUUCUGCUUGCUGACAUUCAAUCAUUUGUCACUUAACAUGCACCAAAUGGUCAUAUGUCAUGGUCACUUCACAUUUCCAGUCUUGUCACUUGUACUGUUAUUCCUGAUUUGUGUAAAUGUUCACUUCAGUGUUGGUAUCUCUUACUUAACGUCUCUAGCAUGUCCCUAGGGACUACUGGUAAUAAUACUGUUGCUGUUCUGUUACACAAUAUUAAGAAACACUUAGAUUAUACCAAUCAACGUUGUCUGAGAACAUUUUUCUGGCAUACUCAGUAAAUAUUCAAAGAAGAAGCCUGCAUAUGUUUUUCUUGGUUUCAUGGAACCACUCACAAUUAUAUUUGUCCAAGAGGGCCCACGAGACAGUGAAGAACACCUUUAUCCCUGCUCACCCAUUGACAUUCCCAUGUAAGAGACCAGAUUACCAUUACCACCUCCAGCGUCCUUAGUUCACAGAUGCAAAUGAAAAUCACUUCUAAUUAGAAAAAUGUGAGACCAUUUACUAGAAUGAGCCUUACUCCCUUUGGCAACUCUUCUACAAGCGUGCAUAUGUUACCAGCACUUCGGUAGCCAUGAGUGCCUCUGACUUGCUUGGCUGGGAUACAGACAGAUGAUAAUCAUGCUCAUCUUUUCAAAAAUAAAAUAAACAAUUUUAACACUUUCCAGUGAUGUCAUUCACAACCUGAGUACCAAACACUGCACUCUGAUACCUUUUGUGUCUUUGAAUCAUAGACAUUAGAGAUGCACAAGACCUCUUAAAUCAUAUUCCAUCCCCAGCCUGUCGAUCAGGGAUUAUCAUCUAUUAUACAUAUAUUAGAGCUUUGAUCCAGGCUGUGGUCGUUCAAGGGUAGAAAUUAGCAUAGUCUCAUUCCUAUGAGGAUGAUGAAAAAGGACGAAAACACUGAAGUUCACAUCAAUCUUUUCCAGAGAUUUUGCCAAAGACAGCAAAAAUUAGGAUCACUCCAAAACAAUAGAAAUAUUUACCUACAUCAUCUAACUUUUCUAAUGAGUCAUAAAAGAUGCUACACUAGAAGCUUGGGACCAGAGCUUUGGGACCAAGUGUUUGGCACUUGGAAAGGUAGGUGCUGCAAAGGCUGUUGGCAAACUUGGUAAGUCCUUGAUUCUUGAGCCGCUGCAUGUUGGUCCAGUCCUCAGGAGCAACUUACUGCAGCAACAGCCCUGUUCAAAGCAAUAACAGCCACCAAUAGGUCAUUCCAGCAGCCAGGGAAUGCCAAACCACAGUAGUGUUUGUCAUUCCUCCUUUACCCCCUGGCCAACUGCCCUAUGAUGGAAUCCCCGAUUAGCCAGUUAGGGUAUGUCUACAUUGCAACCAAGAGGUGUGAUUGCAGCAUGUAUAGGCAGACCUAAACUAGCUUUGAUCAAGCCAGCUCACUAAAAAUAGCAUUGAAUCUGUGGCAACACAAGUGGAGGUCCCAUGCAGGAUUGUACUUGGGCUGGCAGGCUGUGGUGACACCAUGUCUACAGUGCUAUUUUGAAUAAGCUUGCUUGAUCAAACCUAGGUUGGGUGUGCCUAUACCUACUGCAAUCGCAUUACCCCAUUGCAGUGUAGCGAUACUUUUAAAUCAACUUUAGGCCUGCUUUGGGAAUGUGAGCUGUGCAAACCAGCCAUCCAGCAGUGGCCAGAAUCUGAUCCUUGGUCAUUGUCCACUUGCAGCUCAACUGUUUAAUUUGUAUUACAAAUGGUGCUAGGUACUUUUUAUGUUUUAAGCGAUGAAUUGUCCUAUGUAGGUAUCAUUCCACGUAUAACUGCUCUUCCUGAACUUAACUCUUUUAUUUUAGUUUCCAUUUGUACCUAUUCAAAACAUUGAGAUUAUUUCUGACUAAAAGCAUUUUUUGUGAAUUUUAAAUAUGUACCCAGGGACACUAUGCAAUGUAAAUAUCUCAAAUGUAAAAGAAAUUUUAAGAGUGGUAGCUUUGUUCAUUACUAUGUGGAUGACAAAGGUGUACAAGUUUUUAAAAUGUGAACAAAUGUCUUUUAUAAAAUGUGAUUUAUGGGGAGUUUUAACAGUCUGUAAGAUAACAGGCCUUCACCAUGUUAAUUUAUGUAAGUAGUCUGGAUCCAGAAGGCUGAAGUUGAAAACCUGGUUUGAUUUGUAUUUAAAAUAAAGUUAGAAAACAUGGAAAUAAAGGACUGUACAUGAA